CAUUUUAGCUUUUCGUUGUGUUCGCAUGUGUUUUUCGGUGCUUGCGGUCUUUUUUUUCCAAUCCCCCGAACGGUUUACCUGUUUACUUAGCACUGUAAGACCGACCGCGGCCGCGUGAGAAAACAAUAAAACGAAUUUUGUAUUUUAAUUAAUUGAUUUUAUGAUUUUUAAAACUUGACGCCAUUUAACACAUUCGCAAGUCGUGUCUCAGCAAAAAAGGCUAAAUUCACAAAACAACACGAACUACCAUCAAAUCAAGCCGAGAAUUUAUGUAAAUUAGUGGCGAAAAAUAUACAUACAUACUCGUACUCCACACCUCAGCCCACACACACACAAAUUUCAAUGUCUGCAGCUUCGAACACCGCUGUUGAACAACCCAACACACACAAACCACACACGACAAUUGUUUUGAGCUUCACAGCUCAGUGCACUUCAAUGAGCUGAGAUAAUUAGUAGAUACAAAAAAUAACGAUAUAAACUACAUAUUAAUACUUACUUACAUACACACGCAAGCCAAGAGACGAGACGAGAGAGUAAACCAAAUCACAUACACGUACAAGCCCAUAGAUAUAUAGGUAUAGAGGGCCGGCUUAAAUGAGAACCACCUGAUUGAAGCGGGCCAAUACGUUCGUGCACACAUCGGCGCACAAUAUGGAAGUGUAUGACGACAGGCCAGCGAGUGUCUACGACAAUUUGAAAACGACAAACGACAACAGAGCAAUACAUACGAGUACGCCGAAAGCCGUGGGUAUUGUUAAGUCAGCAGAGUCAACACCAACAGCUGCUGUCGUACGCAGCGGAGCGACAACUUCGGCGAUCGCAGCGAAUGGUGCAACUAGCUCACCCAUUUACGCCGAUAUCACAUUCAAGUUUAAUGACAAUCAGCUACUGACAGAUCAACAACAGUCACAACAACCGCUUUUACAACAGCAACGCCAGCAACAACAACAGCAAACGCUUCCGUGCUUGAGUCGGCAAAACCAACCACAGUCGACGCAGCAACAACAACCGUUGGUGGCGUCAAACUUCACUGAUCACACAACAACAGCGUCAGCAUUGCAUUUUCCAACAAAUACAACACUAGCAACACCCGAGAAUAUCAACAAGAACAACAAUAGCAAAUAUACUAAUAGCAAGAAUCAACGGUUAAUACAACCGAACACGUCAAUCACAAUGCCAGCUCCUGUACCAGCACCAGCACCAGCACCAGCCUCCGUUCCGCCUCCGGCUCUAGCAUCGUCAACAUCAGCAGCGCCGCUAUCGUCUUCAGCCACUGCAUAUGCAGCGGUUAGGAAUGCAAGUCCAACACAAAGACCGCUUAGUCAACACUCGCAAUCGGAACUUUACGAAGCCAGUCAGAGUAUAGCUGCGGUGAAAGCUGCAUUGAAUGAUGCUAAAUCGAAAUUUUUCGGCUUAAACGGUUACGCUCAAGACCCGGUCGCCCAACAACCACAACAACAACAAUUUACGUCACCCACCACCACAUCGUCACGCCUACUCAUCGACAAUCAAUAUCCAAAAGUACAAAUCGUGACCACAGCUCCGACGCCGCCGCCAAAGACUCAACCGACGUAUCAGAACAUACCAGAGAACAGCGCCAUAUUCCGCAGCCUUAAUAACGGCGGUACACCACCUGCAUUACCGCCCAAACCGUCAGUGGAUGCUGUGGGAAUGCCGUCGAGAAUGACGGCCGCCGCCACAACUUCGCCCACUCAACCGGAUGGCGCUGUUUCAAUGGCACCUGAUUCGGCCGCGUUUCCAUCGAGUUCAAGGCAAUCGAAUACACCGUCGCCAUCGCCAUCAUCGCCCUCGGAUGCCGCUAAGGUGUCGUUGUCAUCUUCACAUGCCGCAUAUAAACAAAUACCACUAAAUGAUAUUGAUACAUUGCAGCCAUCACAAGCCGUCUACAUGUCCACCACAGUGCCGCAGAAUAUAAAAGGUAGUAAAAUUGCGGGCCGACAUACUCCAACAAGAAAUAGUUUAAGGCACAGUCGCAUGCUAGUUGUAAAUAAUAAAACAUAUCCAGCCGCACAGCAUCCGAAUCCAAUGAAUUUCAAAUAUCCGAAUCUUGCCCGUUGGCUGCUCAUACUGGAGAUAAUAGUUGGUUUACUAAUAUCAUUCCUAGCGAUUUGGAUAUUCUGUUUAGCGCCAAAUACGGCCAUACAAUAUAAUCCCUAUUGGAGUGGCUUAGUGCUCCUCCUCGCCGGCAUUCUGGGACUUGUGCUUGUACGCUAUCAGCGUAUUAAACGACACAAAGUACGCGAGAAUUGUUUUAAAUUUUUACGCGCCGAUACAUAUCUGCUCGCCCUCUUGGCCGUCUUGCUGUGUGUGGUGGCGCUCUUCUGUGCCACCCUGCACUAUGCGCGUCUCUGCGCUAGCGAUACACACUGUGCGUCGACAAAUAUACUACUGGAGCAAGGUUCUUGCACAUGCACGUUUAAUGUGAAUGAGGCUGAACUGGCGACGCCGGCAGCGAAUAGCAGCAGUGUGGCACAGCUGGCCAAUGGUUUGCUGGAUGAGGAAGUGCCGCCGGAGACGACGUUCAGUGAUCAGAGUUACAAGGUGGAAUAUCGUGACUUAAGUUGCAAGGAAGUGCGCGGUGUGUGGAUUACAAUAUUGAUCUUGUCCAUUACGUUCAAUUCAAUUGGCUUUCUGCUCGCUUUCGCCUACACAAUGCUAAUUUUUUGCUGUCGUCUCAACGGUAAUCGUCCGAUUUAUGCAUCCGUCCAUACCAGUAACUUUUAAAAACGAAGGAUACGCUAAAUACAAAUUUACACUCAUACACACGCAAACACACACGUAUAUACCUGUAGUAUUUUCGUUUUUAAUUUUUGAA